AUGGCGGAGUCGAUGUCGCUCGGCGGAACGGCGCGGUUGCCCGAGAGACGGGCAUGGCGGGAGGGACGGUGGGUGUGUUGCUCAGCUCGAGGCAGUCAGUCGAUGGAGGAUAGGAACAACAAGGUGUCCAAGGAGCUGGGUCGGUCUCGCUUUCCUUUCCUCCCUCCCUCCCCCCCUCUGUUCUCCCCUGGCUGAAUUAGAGCCCCUCUGGUGGUUGUCGCCGAUUGCUCGUUUCCCCCCCGCCGUCGCGGUAUUCUCCGUCCGCUCGUGAACUGAUUUCAUCCAUACCUGUGGUAAUCUGCUGGGGAUGGGGUUUUGCGCGACGGAAAGAGCGUCCGCAUCGUUGAAUUCAAGUAGGCUUGAGUCAACUUCGAGCCGCCGCUUUGUCCUGGCUUGCGGGGACAUGAAAUGGACGGAGAUCGCUCCUCAAAAUAUUGACAUCCUCCGAACUUGUACUCCGCUAGGUUUCUUUUCCUUCAAGAAGAAGAUUGAAGACGCAGUUUCUCGUGCUCAAAUGAUUGCAUCGGCAGCCCUCGAAGCAGAAGAAGCCAGACGAGUCGAGCAGGAGGAGGUUCUCCUUCGAUACAAUCUGUGGGAUGACCCGACAAGAUCCAGUGAAUCUCUCAGAAGAUUAUCUAACGCCACCAAAGCUGUGAAUGCUCUCAAGGACCUGCAAUAUAAGGUGCUGUGCUACCACAAUAGCAUAACGUGAGUCUACCAAACAUCUGGCAAAUUUACUGAGUGGGUGGACAGCACUCUUCUUCUGAUCCUGCCACUGAAAAUUCUUAGUUUCGCCACAUAAUUCUUCCGUCUCUCCUCAUUUUUACCGAUGUUCCUCCCCGCUCACCCCUGGAGUUCAAUCUCUUGAAGAGCGCCAUCCGUCUUUUUGUACUCUGCUUGAAUAGGAAUCAAUGGAUGCGCUCGAACUUCUGUUUGCGUUUCGAUUGAUCGAUCCGUCCUCUGUCGUUGUUUCUCCGAUCCUGCGCUACUUUCAGCCGGCAGUUUUCCUUUGUUUGUUGUCUUUUGGAUUGCAGCCAACUUCUUAAGGUCAGCCAGGCCGAUGAUGGAAGAUCUUUCCUCUUAACUGUGCAGGCUGAAGAAGCAAAACUAAUAACAGAGCUGGCGGAGAUGGACUCCAUAAACCAUCAACUAUUCAAGCAGGCGUACGAUGCCUCGGUGGAUGUAAAUAAAUUUUUGGACCAAUACGAGAUGUCUAAGCUACUUACUGGUCCUUAUGAUCGGGAGGGAGCCUGUGUGACCAUCACUGCUGAAUCAGAAGAUAUUGCUUCUCAGGUACGAGGAUCACAGUCUAAGCAUGCAUUUUUCUGUCAGUUUGAGCCCAGCCCAGAUUGAUGGGAUGAACAUAAUUUUUUUCUCCUUCCUUUCGAAAAUUUUAAGUUUCUAUGGCCGCACAUGAUGAUCGGUUAGAUGGUAGAAAUGAGAUGGUUUACGAUGGUGAGAUGCUGAUGUUAUUUUCAGAUUCCAUGGGAUUCCACAAUGGAUGAGGACUCAUGAAUACCAGUCAACUGUUCUUAUUUUUCUUCUUCUGCUCAGAAUUUCACGUGCUGUUGAUGUCACUGGUAGGCGACGGCAUUUAUGGGCUUCCAUUUUGCAGAUGUGGGCGGAAAAGCUUGUAAGGAUGUACACCAGAUGGUCUGGAAGGCAUGGCUAUGAAGCGAGGGUUGUAGAAAGGGUCUCAUCGCAGGGCAUUGGUGUAAGUUUGGCGACCAUCGAGCUUGAAUCAGAAUACGUUUAUGGGUAUCUCUCCGGAGAGACGGGAGCUCAUCUGAUGAUCAACAACAGUUCCUCCAAUGGAUCGACUUCGCAGGAGGUACCCAUCUUCUGCAAUUUUAGAUCGUAGAAUGUCUGUCCCCAUAUGGGUUCCUUCUAAAUUCGUGGAAUUUCUGGCGUCACCCAUGGCUUCAUCCAGGAAUUCUCUCCCCUUUUCCGGGUAGAAACCAUGGAGGGAAAUUUCAUUGUCGUGUUAAAUACGAUUCGAUUUGAUUGAUGAUUUUCGCUCGCCAUUUACAGUGAUGAGGCAUCCAUAAUCAGCUCCUGUUCCAUGUUCGACGCAAAUUUUCAGGCCAUCUCGGCUGCUGUGGACGUCAUCCCCCUCUUCCUGGAGUCGACUGCUGAGCUCCACGUUGAUGAAGCUGACUUGGAGAUAUCCUCUCCUUCUCGUCACGACGGAGCGCCGUCAGGCCAUGAAAUGGGGUCUGCUGUCGCGAUCCGCCACAUUCCCACCGGCAUCAUCGUCCAGUGCUCAGGUCAAAAGCCCCUUCCCUGCCGUUGACUUUCUCGCUGGGUAGUCUGUCUGCUUUGGUUCAUCGUAGAUCUGAUUAUUGAUUGCUGUAGGUUUUCCGUCCUUAUAAGAAUGUGGAUAAUUAUUAUGAUUUCGACUGAAACUUGAUGAACUGGGUUGGGGAGGGAAAGAACAUAUACAUAAAAACCAAGAAAAAAGAGAGAAAAAAAGGAGAAUCUAACUCGGCCCAUCUCCGGUCCACGCGCAGGUGAGAGGAGCCGCUUUGCGAACAAGAUGAAGGCUCUCAAUCGUCUGAAAGCGAAGCUCCUGGUGAUCUCCAGGGAGCAACAGGAAGCGGCGAAUCCUAAUGGGAUCAGGAAGCCCGAGGUUCGGCGGAGGUACUUGCUCCGUCCCCAGAGGCUGGUCCAAGACGUGAAGACGGGCGUGCAGCUGCCGGGCCUCAACUCCAUAUUGGACGGCAACAUCGAGCCGCUCAUCAGAGCCCACAUCUCUCUCAGGCGAGGGAGAUACCCAGAGUUUUGA